AAAUGCUUGGAUGCAAGGGGCGCUCCCGGCAGCAUCCGCUUUUCUCCUUGUCUUUCCCACCGAGCAUUUCUCGGCACAAGAGGCGCCUUAGGGAGAAGGGGCAGCGAGGGCUGCCCAGCCACUGGGGAGGCGGGUGCUGGGGCUGGGACCCGAGCAAAUAAAAGACCCCUUGGGCGUUGCUGCUCCGGGAGUGUCGGGAACCACCAGCGGGGAGCACGGGGAGCCGGGGCGGAGCCGCCCAGACCCCCGCCUCCCCCGGCACCUCCCCCGGCCCACAGCCCCGUACCCGCCUGGCCCAAAGCACGACGGCAUCGCGGUCGGAACGCGGCCAUGGGCUCCCGCCUCAGCCGGCAGAGCAGCCUGGAAGAAGAGAGCACCGAGGAGCUCUGCGCCGGCAGGCUAGAGGGCGGCCGGGGCGACUUCCACCUCUCCUCCCUGCUCCUCCAUCCGCAGAAGCUGCCCGGGGUGCUGCGGAAAGCCUCGCCAGCGCCCUACGUGCGGCGUGUAGGGUGGCUGCGGGAGAUCCAGGCCACCAUCCGUGAGCACAAGCGGGAGCACGCCGUGCACAUCCUCAGGCUGCUUCGCAAGGACCUGGGAUUGGAAGGAACAUUUCUCAAUGAAGUGCUCUACAAAAACGCAACUUUCCUCAACUUGGUGGAUCCCAUCUCCCACGAUUUGCUGAUGAGCCUUGCUAGAGAUCUGCAGUGUCCCAAAAAGGAAUAUGACCCCUGGAAAUCCUCAGACAGGAUCUGCAGGCAGCUGAUUUACCACCUAACACCCCACUCAAAAUGGCACCGGCACGGCAUGCCCCGAAGGAAGUCCCAAGUGUGCCUGAAGACCAGCCUGCAGAAGAAAGUGAGCCAGGACUCCAUGGAUUUGUCAGGGAUCCCCCUGACCAUGCGGGAUGUCCACCGCAUGGCCUACUACCUACAGAACAACGGGGACCACCUCACCUCUGUGGAUCUGAGCUUCACCGAGCUGAAUGAUGACAUGGUGCGCCUGCUGCUGCCCUUCCUCUGGGCACUACCCAAGCUCACUCAUCUUUCCCUCAAUGGCAACCGACUGACGCGGGCGACCAUGAAGGAGCUGACUGAUACCAUGAAGGACAUGAACAAAUUUCCUUGCCUAGCCUGGGUUGACCUUGGCAACAAUGUGGAUGUCUCAUCCAUGCCGCAGCCAUUGCUUGUGGGCCUGCGCAAGCGCCUCAGCCAGCAGACCACACUGCCUACCAUCUACGAGGCGCUUGACUGCGACUCAGAGAUCUCCAGCGGGCAUGAGGGCAGCCAGCCAGAGGAUGAAGCAGCCGGAAGCACCAUGCCACGUGGUUUUUCUCAGCAGGGUUGCAAGAGGUGACUGGGCAACAGGCCGGCACUGGCACACUGAAGCUGCCCCAAGAAGUCUUGAGUGCAAACACCAAGCAGAGGGCCAGCUUUACCAGCUUCCUUUGGCUCUUUCCUCUCACCUUCCCUGAAAUGUCCCCCCCACCUGCUGUGAGACAAAAGCCUGUCAUCCCCCCACAACGUCCUCCACUCCCUCCCCUCACUGCAAAACCCAUUGCCCAUGUUCCAGAGAGGAAACAAUGACUUACAGUGAACCUGGUCCCCAGGCAGGGUCUCACUGGAAGAUGGGAAAAGACCUGUCGGAGUCAAGAAUAUCCUCCAGCAGCCAUUGGGUUGAGGGAUAUGGAUGGGGAGAACCUAAAACAGAAACAGGCUUGUAGUUUACUUCCUUUCUUCCUUUUCCUAUGCACCCUGGAAACCUUGAGACCUGCAGCCUUGAGUUUGAAAGGAGGUAGCCCAAGAGCCUAGCUGCUGUGGAGCUUAGGUGAAGAGCUGAGAGGCUAGAGCUAGAGCCCAGCAGUGUGUCUCCCUCUUGUGUCUGGCUCCUUUUGUUUUGUUUUUUUCCUAUUGUGUGUUUUGUAUUAACCUCUGAACAAAGGGACUUGGUCAGAGACCAUUGGAUCGCAUAGGCUGGGGCGGACACAUGGCUUGGAAUUGCAGCAUCAGGAUAUUUGCUGUGUGACCGGGGUGAAAGGGAGGGGAAGGAGGUAUGUGUUGGUGGGAGUAUGGGGGAUGGGAUGAGUUGGGAUGGGAUGGGAGGAGGAGGGAGGAGAGGGAGUGGGAGCAGUCUCGUGGAUUAGCAGGACUGGUUUCAAAACCUGUGCUUUUGUACUAAAAUUACAAGUUCCAAGUGAAAUGGAGGAAAAGCAGACAGCUAAGUGCAUAACUGUGGCACCAGAGGAGCAAGCAGUGAAUAUGCCAGAGGUGGGCACUUCUCAAAUGAAUGCACAAAGCUUUGGCUCCUCGUGGCAUACUGCGUACCUCAGACACGAUGUGAGCAGCUGCAUCGCCAUUUCCAAUGCUGUCCAAACCCUAAACCACCAAUGCAGUAUUUCCAGUGUUUUCCACGCUGCUCAUGCUCUAUGUAAACAUAAUAAACAGUUCUCUUGGACAUGAGCGUGAAGCACUACGGAGUCUGAGUAUUUGGGUUGUUCACAGCAGCCCAGACUGCAAGAAUACAGACCAGCAGUCCUCAUACGGUGCUGAGCAGUGUGGGAGAGGAGCAGCAAGUGCCAUUCACAUUGGUAAGAGUGGUUCAUCCCUCUAACAAAAGUGAAACAUCACUAUUCAUUUGCGGUAGGCUGCCACCCUUAAGUGUUGCAAGGUGCUGAUACGAAUAAAUGGAUCACACUUCA